AUGGAUGGUGCGGUUUCAGACGACGAGUUCAGCCUGGAGCCUCGGGCGGACCAGGAGGGCGGAGACAGAGACAGCAACAGCCACGAGGACGAGCUCGCGCUUCGGGCGGCGCUGCACUACAGCGUGGGCGAGGUCUGCAGUGGCGAGAACGGGAAGAUCGCGAUGACAGGCAGCGCGGUAUCUACCUUGGCGGAGGUGGUGUUCAAGUUCUCCGAGUCCCUGGCGCUGGACCUGCGCGUGUUCGCCAAGCACGGCAAGAGAGCCGUCGUCGGCGUCGAUGACGUCAAGUGCGCCGCAAGGAAGGACCCGAAGCUCGUGGGAAAACUCGUGGGCUUUGAGUCGGCGAUGAACCUCAACGCCGGCAAGAAGAAGGCCGCCGCCUCCCGGAAGAAGAAGGACAAGGGUCAACAGCAACACCAACACCAACAGAGGGGGGCUGGCGGCGCGACUCUGGCCGAAGACGAGGGGGAGGAGGAGGGGGAGAGAAGAACAGCACCCAAGGAGCGCCGAUAG